UUCCUUGAAAGUUGAAACCCUUCCUGAGACGUUAAUUAGACCCCUCUUUCCCAUGCCUUGUUCUAUUUAUAUAUCACUCACCACCUUCCGGCCUUCACCCGCAAAUUGACCAACACAAAAUCUCUCUACACAUUAUUCCUAUAACAACACCUUCCAGAGAGAGUCGUCCAUGGCGGGGAAGAUUGGGUUUGAAGACUUGCUGCCUGUGAUGGCAAAUAAGCUUGGAGGAGAAGGUCUGAUAAAGGAGCUGUGUAAUGGGUUUGAGUUGCUGAUGGACAAAGACAGAGGAGUGAUCACUCUGGACAGCUUGAGGAGAAACUCUGCUCUUCUGGGUCUUCAGGACUUGAAGGAGGAUGAGCUAUUGAGCAUGAUGAAGGAAGGCGAUCUCGACGGCGACGGUGCUCUGUCUCAGAUGGAGUUCUGCGUCCUCAUGUUCAGAUUAAGCCCUGAUUUGAUGAAUCACUCUUGGGUUUGGCUCCAACAGGCUCUCCAAGAUGAACUCGAUCACUUCUCUUCCAAAUGAUUCUUCAAUAUUCAUUGUUUCUCUUGUUUCCUAGUUUCAUUUUCCUUCUUGUCAGAGCUUUAUCUGAUCAUUGUGAAUCAUGAUAUAUGAAAAUAUGCUCUACACUCCGAUCUUCAGCUUCAAUAACUAUUCAUGUUUGUUCUGAAUUA